AUGGAACAGGGAGGUUUCCAUGGCUACCAAAAGACCCAAAACACGAGCUCCGGGCUGAAACUGUCAGAGAUCAACAUGAGGCUGGCUGAGAUCAGCCACACCAAGAAUAGCGCUGCUAUCACCAACAAUGGUGCUGCUGCUGCUGAUGAGAAUGAAUGCACUGUGCGAGAGCAAGACCGUUUCAUGCCCAUUGCCAAUGUGAUCAGAAUCAUGCGCAAGAUCCUGCCCCCGCAUGCCAAGAUCUCAGAUGACGCCAAGGAAACAAUCCAAGAGUGUGUCUCAGAGUACAUCAGCUUCAUCACAGGGGAGGCCAAUGAGCGUUGUCAGCGUGAGCAGCGCAAGACCAUUACUGCCGAAGACGUGCUGUGGGCAAUGAGCAAGCUGGGGUUCGAUGACUACAUUGAGCCCCUCACUCUCUACCUCCACCGCUUCCGCGAGAUGGAGGGAGAUCGUGGCUCCAUGAGGGCCGAGACUUUGAUGAAGACUAGUAGUAGGGCAAUGACUGCGGCAGAGUAUCAUGCAGCUGCAGCAGGCUCUUUCGCUGGUUUUGCUCCUUUUCAUCACCAUGGCUUUUUCGGAUACUUGAAGGAUGCGUCCAUAUCCAAUGGGGCAGCUGGUACAUCUUUGUCCCAGCAGGCUAAUGCUGUUGCUGCAAUGGCAAAUGGUUAUCACCAGGCAUCACAUUCCCAGUAUGAUGAUAACAAUAAGUGA